AUGGUAAGUCCUGCUAUUGGAAAACUGAAUCAGUUUUACAGAGAUGACGUUUUCUUACAGGUACUGAUAGAUCAAGAAUCUGGGGCAAAUGGAACUGCUAUUACUGAGUUCAUUCUACUGGGCUUGGUGGAAUCGCCAGAGCUGUGGCCUCUUGUCUUUGUGCUCUUCCUCUUUGCCUACCUGGUCACAGUCAGGGGAAACCUAAGCAUCCUGGCUGCCAUCUUAGUGGAUCCCAAACUCCACACCCCCAUGUAUUUCUUCUUGGGGAAUCUGUCAGUUGUGGAUAUUGGGUGCAUCACUGUCAAUGUCCCCUCAAUAUUGGGUCAUCUGUUGACCCACAAGCAUGCUAUUCCUUAUGAAGCUUGCCUCACACAGCUUUUCUUCUUUCAUCUCCUGGUUGGUGUGGACUGCUUCCUGUUGACAGCCAUGGCUUAUGACCAAUUCCUGGCCAUCUGCCGGCCCCUCACCUACAGCACCCGCAUGAGUCAGAUGGUCCAGAGCAUUUUGGUGGCUGUGUCCUGGGCCUGUGCCUUGACCAAUGCAUUGACCCACACUGUGGCCAUAUCCACGCUCAACUUCUGUGGUCCCAAUGUCAUCAAUCAUUUCUACUGUGACCUCCUGCAGCUCUUCCAGCUGUCCUGUUCCAGCACCCAACUCAAUGAGCAGUUGCUCUUUGCUGUUGGUUUCUUAAUGGCAGGUACACCCAUGGCUCUCAUUGUCACCUCCUAUGCCCAUGUGGCAGCUGCAGUUUUAUGAAUCCACUCAGUGGAAGGCAGAAAGAAAACCUUCUCUACAUGUGGUUCCCAUCUCACUGUGCUUGCUCUAUUCUAUGGCUCAGGUAUCUUUAACUACAUGCUACUAGGUUCAGCCAAGCUUUCAGAUAAGGAUAAAGCUGUUGAGAUUUUUAACAUUACCAUCAACCCCAUGCUGAACCCAGUCAUUUACAACCUCUGGAACCCUCACGUGCAGGGUGCCCUCAGGUGGGUGAUCACAGGUAAGCGAUCACUGACUUGA